GACGCGAGAGCUCGUCCUCGGCUGCCGCUGGCUGCUGCAGGCGUGCAAUAGGUGGCGGAGGGAGCUCUGCGAAAUGCCUGGUGCAUGGCCGCCCUUCUUCUUUUCUUCUUCUUUUGCCUUCCUCAUCCCCGACUCACAGCCCCGUGUUUGUAGUCGCCAUGUUCCGCGGCGGGCCGUCCUAGCUGCCCGAGCCGCCCCAGCAGCGGUCGCGGCGCUGCGCUGUGCCGGGGAUGCGGCCUGCUUGUUAAAGCUCCCCCACCACAACCCCUCCAAUGAUGGCUGAUGAUCAACAACAAGCUGACCACAAGCCUGCCUCGGGACUCGGGUCUCUUCCAGCGCUGGUGCCGGGACUCCAGGGGCCUGAAGCUAACGCCUUGCAGUUAAAAAUCAAAAAUUCAAUUUGCAAAUCUGUACAAUCAAAAGUGGACAGCAUAUUGCAAGAUGUUGAGAAGUUUACAGACAUCGAAAAGCUCUACCUCUACCUUAAGUUGCCUUCUGGUCCCAGCAGUGGCAAUGAUAAAAGGACUGAGAAUGAGAGGGGGUCCUCCACUCCUGGAUUAUGCGAUCAGAGUUCCAUGUCAUCGAGUCGCACUCAACAAAUGUAUGCGUUCAAUUGGAUACGGAAUCACCUAGAAGAGCACCCGGAGACGUCCCUCCCCAAGCAGGAGGUUUACGAUGAAUACAAGAGCUAUUGUGACAAUCUCUGCUACAAUCCACUCAGUGCAGCAGACUUUGGGAAGAUCAUGAAGAAUGUAUUUCCCAACAUGAAGGCACGUCGACUUGGAAUGCGAGGAAAAUCCAAAUAUUGUUAUAGCGGGUUAAGAAAGAAAGCUUUUGUUCACAUGCCAUCAUUACCUAACCUGGAUCUGCAGAAGUCAGGCGAUGGGUGUGAACUGAUGGAGCCGGCUGGCCAAUCUCCGAACGCCGAGGAUGAAAUGAGGUCCGCAGCCUGCGGUCUGGUGUGUGAGUGGGCUCAAAAGGUCCUGAGUCGUCAGUUUGACAACGUGGAGGAUCUAGCACGCUUCCUGCUGGACAGCCACUACAUCGGCACCAAGUCCGUGGCUGCGCUCACGGUUAUGACGGGAACACCCACGACAGGCAUGAAGACACCAACUCCUUCCUCAGCAUUUGUGCCCACAGCCGAAGCCAACUCCUUCCAUCCCCAGGUGAAGACCCUCCCCUCCCCCUCUGUCGAUGCAAAGCAGCAACUGCAGCGGAAGAUCCAGAAGAAGCAGCAAGAGCAGAAGCUCCACUCUCCCUUACCCAGCGAUGCCCAAGUCAAGCGAACGGAGGUCAGCACCCCUGGCCCAACGAUCCCCUGCGGCAGCCCAGCUCUGUUGUCCCCCCAGCCCACUAUAGGCAUUGUAGUAGCAGCUGUUCCUAGCCCUGUCACGGUUCAAAGAAGCAGGCAGCUAAUGACCUCGCCGAGCCCUGUCGGGACAACUGAGGGGAAAGUGUUGCCUGUCAACUUCCAAGUGGUCACACAAUCACUCAAGCAGUCCCCCAAAACCCCACAAAAUAUCCCAGCUAGUCCUGUGGCAGUACGGCACGGCACCCGGUACGCUCAAAUCCUGCCCAAGCCCUCCGCCACGAGUGCCAUCACACUUCGUUCCCCUCCCACUUUGCUCAUCACCAACAGCCCCAUAAAAACUGUGAUGCCCAAUCCCCACGUCAGCUCGGUCAAUGUGGUCAAGAUGGCCAUUGCCUUGGCCCCCAGCAGCAGCAGUAACAGCAGCAGCACCGCCAUGCGCCCCACCUCUGCCGGGAUGGGCACGAUAUCUGCCUUAGAUGAGUCCCAGCAGUCACUCAGUGUGCCGAUGACUUCUGCAGUCAAAGCCGGGGCCUUCAGUUUGACAUCAUCCAAUGAGGCCACCAAGGGUGUGGCUGACAACAACGACAACGGUGUGGAGAAAACUGGCACUGCGGCCGCUGAGGAGCGAUUGACAAAGUUACGGGCUAUUAGUGAGCCCAGCUUCUCUGUUAAGUGUUUGCCAGGACUGAACAACAAGGUCUCAAGGUUAAAGAGCGACUCCACAUCCCCGCCCACCUCUGUAACUGCAGCUGGAAUCCAGGACAGCAAUAACAGUAAUUGCCAUGACAGCACCUUUUACUUGACUGUUGAUAAUCACAAAUCGCAUGGCAACGUGUCAUCUAUCAGUAUUCCUGCUUCAAAGGACCCUUGUUCAGAUGUUAAAAGUCCCAGGAAGCGCACAGGCCCUAGUGCUGAGUCCCAUAUAAUUCCUGUGAAGAGAGUUUUUAUAUCUCAGCAGUCAAUGGCUGUAUCUGACAAUCCCCAACCUGGAAUGAGCGCAGCAGUAAAGAGGAUCCCACGACCAGGAACUCCAGCCAGACCUGAGAGCGCACCCUGCAAAGUGACUGUGAAACACACUUCUGUCGGCCCCACGCAGAUCCUGGCGCUCUCCGACUCGCCCAUCACGCACACCGAGGGCGCCCUGACUCUUGUCAAACCGCAGGCCUUGUUGGUAAAACGGGAAGCACGUUCACUCAGUGCCGACACUAGCAGCGCAGUCGCCAGAACGUCCGACCAGGUCUUGUUACAGCAGAUCACGGUGGACACACGAGCCAACUCAGGACCACAGGUUGCCUCUGUGAUGAGUGAACUGAAGAGCACAAUAUGGGAGGAAGGUCAGCUUGAUGAGCUUCGCAAGCAGGCGUUCGCUCAGCAGAUACCAGCAGAACACAAGCAAGCCACAACAGACCAGAUUUCGAUCAUUGCCCAACCCUCUGAAACCCCAGGACAACUUGCUCUCGCACAGGAGAUGGUCGACUUUUCCGGGUCUCAGCCGAGCAUGGACUACUUCCCGUUCAACGACGACGACAUGACACAGGACAGCAUCGUGGAGGAGCUCGUCCAGAUGGAGGAGCAGAUGAAGCUGAAAGUUUUGUUUGGCAGCUGCGUGGACGCUUCUCUUCAAAGCCAGCCGGCCGGCAACCAAGCAUCCGUGCUCAAUGCUCAGCAAGCAGGCUCUUCUUUUUACCACUCUGCCCACAGCAGCACCACGCCAGUCCAAACUCCCACCCCGACUCCCACGCCAACCCCGACACCGACCCCUACCUCUGAGAUGACCCUUGGCCACAGCCUGACGAGAGAGAGCCCCUGCUCCCGCAUGGCUCCCAUCACUCCUGUGGACGGAGCGUUGGGACGCCACACACCCAUCAGCACCCCUCUGUCCAACUGCAGCAGCAGCGUCCCCCCGAGCCCGGUGGAGUGCAGAAACCCUUUUGCGUUCACGCCCAUCAACUCCAGCAUCACCGGUUAUCAUGACGCCAGUAUUGUCUCCAGCAGCCCCGUCAAGCCAAUGCAAAGGCCAAUGGCGACUCACCCUGACAAGGCCAAACUGGAGUGGAUCAACAACCGUUACAACAGCAAUUCAGGAGGUCCGUUGUCCAACCACAGCAUCGGUAUCCUGCCCAGCUACCAAGAUCUGGUUGAUGACCAGUUUCGUAAACCGCAUGCAUUUGCAAUUCCUGGCCAGUCCUUUCAACCCCAGUCGAGGUCAGACUCAGCACAUUUUGGUCGUUUGACGCCUAUCUCCCCUGUGCAGCAGCAAGUAACUGGCGUGACCACACCUACUAAACAGGAGAGCUUUGCUGUGCCCGCACCGUUAGACAACAAGGCGUCAACGUCAUCGGCAUCCAGUACUUUCCGUUGCCGGAGUGUCAGCCCCGCCGUGCGCCAGAGGCACUUCAGCGGAAACACCGGGCCUCAGACGACCACCACUGAUACCUCCACCACCACACAGACGGUCGCCUCACCUUUUAACUCGCCCAUCACCUCCGAAGUGCUCAGCAACCUGUCCAGCAGCCAGACGGUCAGCACUGUCCACAGCAUGGUCCAACGCAGCCAGUCUGUGCCUCUGAACAUCAUGAUGCAAAGCGAGAUGCUGCCCGUGCAGGGUCAGACUAACACCGCCAAAAUUAGCAACGUCCUUCUCAGCAAGAUGGAGGCGGACGGGGACGAUUCUGUCCGAGGCCUGGGGAUAAACAACCUUCCCUCUAACUACACGGCACGCAUGAACCUCACACAGAUUCUGGAGACAACCCCGGCCUUCACGGUGGGAACGCAGCACCAGACGCCGCUGCCGGUCAGCUCCAGCCCAGCCGCCUUCCAACUGCAGCAGCACGGCUACCUCGCCACCGCCAGUGGGGACCACGUGAGCUUCUCCACUGCGGACAGCCAAGCACAAGAGGGCGCCGGUGAGCCAGACCAGCAACAGCAGGAGCUACCUGUGCAGACCCAGCCGCCGCUCCUCCUCCAGAGCACACAGCAGCAGGAAGCGGAGGACGAGCAGCAGCAGCUGGACUUCAACAACACUGUCAAGGACUUGCUGGGGGACGACACCCUCAACCCCAGCUCUCAAUUGGUGGGCCAGGUGGCCUCAGAACUCAACGCCGUGGCGUCCGACUUUUCAAACGACAUCCGACUGACCACAGAUCUGUCCAGUAGCAUCACUGACUUUAACACGUUGGACCACAAUCUGCUGUUUGACCCCAACCAGCAGCAGGAACAAUAUGAAGACUCAACACUGGAAGAACUGAAGAACGACCCUCUUUUUCAGCAGAUAUGCAGUGAUACUGUGAACUCCGGCUUUGACUGGCUGGAGAGCAAAGACCAGCCCACAACAGUAGAGAUGCUCGGCUGAUCUGAACUUGUAUUCUCUACCACUUCUGCUCUUUGUCGUUUGUUGGUUUGGUGCGUAACUUAACUAGUAUAUCCGUUUUGACAACGACAGUUUGUCGGGAUUUGUCUGGACUUUGCCGUUUGUUCUGUUUUUAUAAGUGCCAGGCUUACCAGAAAAUCUCCCCCCCACUCGCUGAUGUUAACCUUCUCUCCUCUUCCCCCCCCACCCCCUCAGUCAUGACUCCCUCCUUGUGUACAAUCAAGACAUGAUAGCGGGGAGAAUUUGCUGUGUCAGCAUGCAGUUACCAAGAUGUGUGAGCCAUUAGGAGAAACACGAAUCUUCCAUGUUAGAAGCUGUCAAUAAUGCAAUAUUGAACAAACACGUCAAGGUUGUGCACAACAGGAAAACAAAUACUUUCCGUGCGUGCACUUAACCAAAUGUAGAUAACCAUAAGGCGGAAGUGUAGGUUGCUGGACGUUGGCCUGCCAUAUCAAAUUACUAAAAAGGGUAGCAAACGGGGCUGCCAGGUGCUGAAUUUAUGACGUUUUCUUUCUACUUUAUCACAAAAUCAGUGGAGAACUGAUUGACGCCUGAGCAUUUCUUUCUUAAACUUGUACUGUUGAAUAUCUUGGAAUAGGAUUUAUUUCAGGCCACUUGUCGAACUAAACAUUGAAAGGAAUCAACAACUGGCUGCCUUAUUCCUUCAGUCCAAGGCCUUACACCAUCUCUGGAGAGACUGUAUAUAGCGAAAUGUUCAAAUAAAAGCGUCUUAUCAUGGCAGCUGUUCUGUCAUCUGGUUCGGCUGCAGUAGAGAAGCAUCUAUUUUGUACAGGCUUAGAGCAAUUUGCUAUACGGUUGUUUCAUGACAGAACCCAUGGCAGGCACGCUUUACGUCACGAGAGCUUUUUUUUUUUUUGUUAUUCUGUUUUGGCACGUUGGGGGACAAAAAAUGGUGUGGAGAAGGCUUAGCUACUUAAUCAGCGUUCAUUGACGUCAACUUGAAUGAAAUGUGCGAUCCAGCCUUAUUUCCAUGCCAAAGACUUAGAAAAAUGAUUUUGUUAUUAUUACACAUUGUCACUCCCAGUAAGUAAAAUGAUUAAGCUACAUCAAUUCUAUGUACAGUAUGUAUAUUAAGGAAGUGGUCACAGUCCAAUAGGUAACCACGGACCUGCAAAAAGCAUGUUGAAACUAUCAUGUGACACAGUAGGAGGCUUACUUGCAUUUUUGGCAAUUGUCAAUGUUGUACAAGUCAUGUUCAUGCUCCAUUUGUAAAUAGGAUAGCUACAUAGAGAUUUGAUGUAUCCGGACACUACAGUAUAUUAUGGCCAUUAUUAUAGCUAAGUAUGUGUCAUUUAAAAGAGACAUAAAAAAAAAAAAAAGCUUAACAGUCGUAGUCAGCAAGAUACUGUAUGUUGUGUGUUACAUUUCUGGCUUAGCGUGUCGUAAAAGUAAUGCUGUCUGGUCUUCGCUUGCUGAUUUUAUUUGACUUUUUCGAGGAGAAGCAGAGGGUGCUUUUAGCAGGACAAGAAAAAAAACACAAUACUGAUAGCUUGUUGCCAACUCUUUUGUUUUUGUGACAAAGCCUUUCAGCAGACACUGGAUUUAAAAACAACAACAAACUUUGGAGGUUCAACAUUAUUGCACUAAAUUUUUACGACACGCCUUUUGCCAUGUCUUAAUGGACAAAUGUAAUGAUGGACGCCCGCAACAUAAAAAAAAAUAUUUUUUAUGACAAGGGGAGUAAGGAAAAUAAAGUGUCAGAAAAUGACUAAUUGUCUUGUAGCAAAAUGUGCAUUAAUCUCAGUGAGAUACACAUUUCUUACACGUUCUCAUACAUGAGAAUAUGAAGCGUUGAGUAUAGGGGGGUAAAAAAGUUCAAGAGUAACCUUUAAAAACCUACAUGCUCCUUGUGUUAUAAAUGAUUGUACGCACGCAUGUGUGAUGUCUUCUGUUGUACUUUAUAUAUAUAUUCUCGGUGACCACUGUCUGCUGUGAUGUGGGCAGGUUCUGUUAACCAGACGGGCAGUGCCAGUUUUGUCAGCUACUUCUGUUGUUUGCUGUUUACUAAGUUAACUUUGUUCUCUCGUUUUAUGUUGAUUUUACUUCCUGAAAGACAUUUUCUUGUGUGUGUUUUUUUUUUUUACAUAUAAAGGCACUGAUGUUUGAAUUCUAAUGAAGGAAACACACCUAUUUUGAGCUCCAUCAAGCAGUAAUUUCCCCUUUGACUGACCCAGAACCAACUCUGUUUGACUAUUUUAUUCAUUUCUACCAGUGGAAGAGAAAAAAAUACCCUCCUCUGUGAUGUUGUCUAGUGUACUGCUUAAUGUACAGUUGCUUGUUAAUAUUGCAAACGCGUCGUUUCUUUUUCUUUUUUUUUUCAAUGGAAAGUACUCACUGGUGAGAUUUUUAAAGUGGUUUUAAAAGCCAAUAAACUUUUUUUAAAGAAUGCA